AUGGAUGCUGCUGCUCUGUUCCACGAGCGCCAAGCGGAUGUCGCCGCCUUUUCGGCCUUUCUGUUUCGGCAGCCUGCAGCCGUAACCCAACUACAGCGCAAGAUGUCUAUUCCUGUUCCAUCAGCGAUGCACACCAAUGCCAGUUGGGAGGAAGCCGUCUCUUCUUCCCCUCUGACCCACACGGCCGCGAUGACGCCGGCUUACCGCCGCCCUGCCUCCGCGAAUGUGCCGGUGUCACGCGUCCUUCAGGAAGUCAAGGCACAGGCAAAACGAGAGCAACGGAUGGCGCGCAAAGCCAAAAAGAGUGCCGGGGGUGGUGCCGAUUACCCUGCCGGCAGCCUUCCAUAUUUGGCCACGAGUGGCAGUCGCAGCGGUGCCCCGGUACUCGCCAUGAGCUUUUCCGCGCAAGAGAUUCGCGACCGCACCUACCUCUGGAUGACGGAGCCGGGGUUGCAUUUCAGCUCUGCCGAUGACAUCUCGCAGCGCGCGACCAGUGAAAGUUCCGUCCUAACUCCCCAGCAGCAAGCCAAGCUGCGGCGACUGCGCAUCAAGCGAACCCAUCAACGCCUGUUGUCACAUGCGCAAUGGGCCCUCUGGCUGCGUCGUCGGCGUCGGCUGUGGCACCGCCGGCGUCCGGUGGCGCGGCGACGGCACCUCGCUCGGCAACUCGCACUCGAGUACGGACGGCCGGUUGGGCUCUGCCGCUGCUGCAGGCCUGGAAAGCACACGAUGAGAGCUACAGUGCUGGGGCGCAAAGCACGCCCGCCUUUCGAGGUCGCCCAGAAGAUGGUGACGCAGUGGCUGCCAUCGCACUCGCGGCUGGUGAAGCGUUUCCACUACCGUAUAGUGUCACUUGCCGUCCAGCCCUGUGUCACGCACGUAUCAUUGGCGACAACGACAUCAUCAAUACACUCGCAGCAUGGCGGCGGUGCAGCGCGCAGCUCCACGGCACCUUGUGAAACCCGCCAUGCAGCGCGUCUCCGCUGUUGUACGUCCUGCGAGGCCAGAGUCGCCAUGCCGCAUGAGCCCACGCGAAAAGAUCAUCGAUUUCUGCAGCGCUGGGCGACUGCUCUUGCGGAGCAGCAGCGUCAAUGGCUCUUCCGCAGCCCCAUUGUGCGGAAUGACCAGUCCGCACAGUCCCACGCGUUGCUGUCUGCGUCUGUCUUAGCUGCGACCAUGCUCGCGGACCUCUCACAUCACUGCGUGUAUGCGCUGACGCCGCGGAAUAAAUGGCCAUUUACUGGUACAGUAUGGACUUCACCAAAUUCGCCGCGUGAUGCAGCGUCUGCUGCCUCGCCUGCGCUGGCAAGCCUCAUUGAAGCACUUGGACUGCGUCCUGAUGCAGAGGACGUGAGCGCCUCACCUUCUGGGGUCAUCUUUGCGCUCUCUCCGACGGCACGCCAUCAGCGCACCCGACGAACCUCUGCAACCGUCGUACAUGGACACAUGUGGGGUGCCGGCUCAGCGUGCCUCGGUGAUGCUGCGCUGCAGACGGCCGAUCUGUGCCGUGGCUCUAUCAGCACACUCUCUCGUCAUACGCGUGUGGUGCCAGUGGUGUUAGUGGCCUCACUGCGCGCCAAAGCUGCGCCCACUGCCGUGGACGUUCUUCUCUUCAGUGAGGCCCCGGUUCACUUCACGCGCCGCGCUACGGCGCAGCUGCAAAUUCAGCUUGUUUCAUUUUGGAACCCGUGCUCGCUGAGCGUGGCGCGCGCCUCUGUGUUUGAAUUCUGGCGGUGCGACCCCUCGGCGCUUUCCUCAGAGUCGGAGCCUGAGGCGCUGUCAACGCUCAAGGGUACUCUCCAGCGCUGUGCCCGUGCUUACCGGCGGCUGCAGCUGCGCCCACCUCGCUCCCGCAGUGACCUGCGCGUUCGCAGGAGAACGCCGCUCAAGUCCUCUCCCCGAAAGACCGCACCAAGCGGCGGUUCGGGGGCUGCAGAUGCAAGAGCUGCCGCGCAUGGACAUCCUCAGGGGGCUUCGUCGCCUGCGCGGCAAUCAUCACGCCUCUUCCUCGUUGCGUACCCGAGCUUCUCCUCACCGUUUCUACUAGAUCCGCACUGCAACAGGUCCGGGAAAGGAACUGCAGCUCCGUGCGUGUGGCGCCUUGCGCUGCUCUACUGCAGUCCUGCGAGCGGGAGACAUGCGCCGAGCGUGCACAUCGGUGACACCGCCGCUCGGUCUGCAGCUUCCCCAGGUGUGACACAGGCCAUCACCACCCUUUCGGUCCGACGAAUGUGCCUAGUGUCGUGGCAGACGCGUCGCGCGCACUUCCAUCUGGCUCGGCGUUUCUUUGGGUUUCUUCUCAUGGCUCCCUCGCCGGUUAAACCAACGCGUAGCGGUGCUGCCCUGCGCGGCCGGUGCCGUGCGCUUGGCUUUCAGGAUCGCGUUACCCUCCUCCACUUGCUAGGCCAUCCUGCCUACCCCCUGGACUACGGGCUGUCCCGCCCUUCGGCCGCGGCGCAGCAGCGGCGACGUCAGCAGAGCCGACCCACACCAAGAAAGGCCCGGGUGGCGAGGUGGGGUACGAAGCGCAGUCGCACUUCAAUGGACGGCACGUCUACCGCUGCGACGCUGGCGAGCGCGCCUCUUCCCUCGUACCUGCACACCCUGGAGUACUACGGAAAUGCCUCGAAUGCGGCGUGUCGUGUCUUUGUACGCGCAGCACACAGCGAUCGCCUGCUCCCCACCCUGCACAGCAAUACGGGAGCGAUCCUGCUGCGGUGCCAGUGGUGGCAGCACAGAGGUGACCGUGUGCUGCGCGCACCGUUAGUGACACGCAUCGGUGUUGUGUCGUCGUCGGGCUUCUUUGCCCAGCGGUUUGGGUGCGUGGUGGCACCUGUGUGGUGUUGCUUCCCGCCAACAGCGAGCGAGGCUAGCGGCGGCGCCAAUCUUGCCGCUCUCACCAACGAGGACAAAAAUGUGUCGUCCGUGACGGCGCCCGGGGUCCACUGGAGUGCCGUCUCUCUGGUUGGUGACACCGCUGCUGCUACUUGCGCACCCGACUAUCUGCUCGCCCCUCCUGAGGUAGCGGAGGAUCUUCUUCGUCGCAGCGCAUUGCUUCAGCGAGACGAGGUGCCGCGAAAGCGAGCCCGCAGCCGCCGUCAGCGCGUGUUUGACCUCGGGCAAGGACGUGCAGUGCGGGAGCUCGAGGCAUUGCUUUACGAUCCGCUGUCCUGCUCACCGGUCCACCUCAUACAGUGGUACGCUUGA